CAAUGCAUAAUGCGUUCUGGAACCAUCUGGAAUUUGGAAUUAAUAAUCGGAGGUUUUUUGGAAACGUCGUAUUUCCGGUAAUACUUCUAUCAGUGAUAAACACUGGGGGCACAGCUGAAUCUGGUGUUAGUGUUGGGUGCUCGAUGGUGCUUGAUGGUGCUCGAGCUGGCUCGACCGCGACCACAACCACGGAUUUUUAUGUUGUUCGAUUCGGAGUAAAUUUGAUCGUGUCGGAGACGCAUUUGUCGGGAUCCAAAUGGCUGAUUUCUUAGACUCGGAAGCGGAGGAAAGCGAGGAGGAGGAGGAGUUGAACGAAAAUGAAAAGAAAAAGCUGAAAAAGAUAAAGGCCGUUGAGGAGAGCGAGGAGGAGGAAGAGGAGGACGAUGAGGACCGUUUACGGGAGGAACUUAAAGAUUUGAUAGAUGACAACCCUAUCGAAGAGAGCGAAGGAGAGGACAGCGACGGUUCUGGGACUUCUAAAAAAAGGAAGAAGAGCGACGACGAAGAUUUCGACGAUCGCUUGGAGGACGAAGAUUACGACCUAAUCGAAGAAAAUUUGGGAGUCAAAGUCGAGAGGAAACGUUUCAAACGCCUCCGCAGGAUACAAGAUGAGGAAUCGGAGGAGGAACAGGAGAAAGAGGUGGACGACGAUAGGGAUGCUAUUGCAAAUGAGCUAUUCGAAGGCUCGGGAGAUGAAAGAGAAAUUAGUAUGGAGGACGAGAGAAGAAGCGAACGAAGUCAUAGACCUGAGGUAGAAACGUUCGACGAGGAAGGAAGCGAAGGGGAAUACACCGACGCGGAUGAUUUUAUCGUCGACGACGAUGGCCGACCGAUCGCUGAGAAACGUAAGAAGAAAAAGCCGAUAUUUUCGGACGCGGCGUUGCAGGAAGCUCAAGACAUUUUUGGCGUCGACUUCGAUUACGACGAAUUCGGUAAAUACGGGGAAGAGGACUACGAGGAGGAGGAGGAAGACGAGGAAGAAGAGGAGGACGAGUAUAUGGACGAAGAGGAUGCUGAAAGACCGAGGAGACCGAAGAAACAAUUGAAGAAGAAAACGACGAGGAAAAGCAUCUUUGAAAUUUACGAACCUAGCGAACUUAAGCGCGGUCACUUUACCGAUAUGGACAAUGAAAUCCGUAACACGGAUAUACCAGAGAGAAUGCAACUUCGUUCGGUUCCCGUUACACCUGUCGCGGAGGGAUCCGACGAAUUGGAUCUAGAAGCGGAAUGGAUCUACAAACAGGCAUUCUCUCGACCGACUGUUUCUAUUCAAGACGCACACUUAAAUGCAGAGGCAAAAGAGAGAGCUCGGAAAGGGCCACAGACGAUUGGAAAGAUCAAGAAGGCAUUGGACUUCAUGCGAAAUCAGCAUUUCGAAGUUCCUUUUAUAUCGUUUUAUCGUAAGGAAUACGUUCUUCCGGAGUUGAACAUCAACGAUCUAUGGAAAGUGUACAAAUUCGACGCGAAAUGGUGUCAGCUGCGGCAACGAAAAGAGAAUUUACUGAAGUUGUUCGAAAAAAUGCGCAAUCAUCAAUUGGACGAGAUCAUGAAGAACCCGGACGCUCCUUUACCCGAUACCGUGCGAGUGAUCAAAGACGAUGAUAUAGAACGGCUGAAAAACGUGCAAACCAUCGAGGAACUGAACGACAUUUACUAUCAUUUUAUGUUGUACUACAGCCACGAAAUUCCAGCGAUGCAGGAGGCCGUGCGACGGAAAGAGAAGGAAGCACGGCGGGAGGCGAAGCUUCAAAAGCGAAAGCAGCAGAUCGCGGACGCGGAGGAGAACGGCGAGGAUCCACCGCCGGAAGAUGAAUCAGAGGUGGUGGAAGAAGAAGAGGAACACGAUGACACACUCAAGCAAGCGAUUCGAACCGGCCCGUAUUCGAUCUGCAGACGGGCCGGUCUCGAUAGCUUGGCGAAAAAGUUCGGUCUCAGUCCCGAGCACUUUGCUGAAAAUUUACGGGACAAUUACCAGCGACACGAGGUGGACCAAGAGCCCACGGAACCGUUGACUAUCGCGAACGAGUACUGCAGCCAGAUACGCACACCGGAAGAGGUACUGAAAGCCGCUCAAUUAAUGGUAGCUAUACAAUUAGCACGUGAACCGUUGGUAAGGAAAUGUGUAAGGGAAAUGUACAUGGAAAGAGCAAAGAUAUCCGUGAAACCCACGAAAAAGGGAACCAAGGAGAUAGACGAGAGCCAUCCCAUUUAUGGGAUGAAGUAUCUCAAGGACAAACCCGUGCGGGAUCUCGUUGGCGAUCAGUUUUUAAAUUUGGCGAUUGCCGAGGAGGAUAAACUAAUCACUAUCACGUUGAGCGACACGAUCGAGGGUAACACUAGCAGCAAUUACGUGGACGAGAUGAAGCAGCUCUAUUACCGGGACGAGUUCAGCAAGAACGUUCAGGAUUGGAACGCUUUAAGAGUCGGCAGCGUCGAGAUGGCGCUCACGCGAAUGGUUAUACCGAGCCUGAAGAAAGAACUGAGAACGAACCUGAUCGCGGAGGCUAAAGAAUGCGUGAUGAAGGCGUGCUGUCGUAAGAUGUACAACUGGAUUAAAGUAGCCCCGUACACGUGCGAAUUCCCAGAGGAAGAGGACGAGGAGUGGGACACCAGCAAAGGACUCCGUGUAAUGGGCUUGGCGUACGUUCCCGAUUAUUCGCAAGCUGCGUUCACUUGUCUCGUCGCGCCUGACGGAGAAUGCACGGAUUACUUGCGAUUGCCGCAUCUAAUGAAACGGAAGAACAGUUACCGGGAGGAGGAGAAAACAAUGAAGGAGGCCGAUCUGUUGGCGUUAAGGAACUUUAUAGCCAGUAAAAAGCCACACGUUAUAGUGAUCGGCGGUGAAUCCAGGGAGGCGAUGAUGAUCGCGGCCGACAUUAAGGAAUGCAUCGCGACUCUGACGGAGGAUGAGCAAUUCCCAGCCGUUCAAGUGGAGAUCUACGACAACGAACUGGCGAAAAUAUACUCGAACAGUAACAAAGGCGUGUCUGAAUUUCGCGAUUAUCCAGAUCUGUUGCGGCAAGCCAUUUCAUUGGCGAGACGAAUACAAGACCCGUUGGUGGAGUUCUCGCAGCUCUGCACAGCGGACGAGGAAAUCCUCUGCUUGAAGUAUCACAGCCUGCAGGAUCAAUUGCCGAAGGAAGAGCUGCUCGAGAAUCUCUACCUGGAGUUUGUCAAUCGGGUGAACGAAGUCGGCGUCGACGUGAACAAGGCGGUCCAGCAGGCCUACUGCGGUAAUUUGGUCCAAUUCGUCUGCGGCCUGGGGCCGAGAAAAGGGCAGGCCUUGAUAAAAAUGCUGAAGCAAACGAACCAAAGGUUAGAGAACAGAACGCAGCUGGUAACAGCGUGUCACAUGGGGCCGAAGGUGUUUAUUAAUUGCGCCGGUUUUAUCAAGAUAGAUACGAACAGCUUAGGGGACAGCACCGAGGCUUACGUGGAGGUUCUCGACGGGUCGCGGGUGCAUCCGGAGACGUACGAAUGGGCGAGGAAAAUGGCGGUUGACGCGCUGGAGUACGACGACGAGGACGCGAAUCCAGCAGGCGCUCUUGAAGAGAUUCUGGAGUCGCCCGAGAGAUUGAAGGACUUGGAUCUGGACGCGUUUGCGGAGGAGCUCGAGAGGCAGGGUUUCGGGAACAAAUGCGUCACGUUGUACGACAUUCGCGCCGAAUUGAACUCCCGUUACAAAGAUCUGCGUGUACCGUACCAGACGCCGAGCGCGGAACGAUUGUUCGAUAUUCUAACCAAAGAAACCCCGGAAACGUUCUAUGUCGGGAAACUGGCCCUGGCGACUGUGAUCGGAAUAAGUCACAGGAAACCGCAAGGAGAUCAAUUGGAUCAAGCUAAUCCCGUGAGAAACGACGAGACAGGUCUGUGGCAGUGCCCGUUUUGCCUGAAGAACGACUUUCCUGAACUGUCCGAAGUGUGGAAUCAUUUCGAUGCCGGAGCCUGUCCAGGAAAAGCAACGGGUGUCAGAUUGAGAUUGGACAACGGAAUAUCUGGUUACAUUCACAUUAAAAACUUGUCCGAUAGGCAUGUCGCCAAUCCAGAGGAACGAGUCAGCAUAGGGCAGAUCAUUCAUUGUCGGAUCAUAAAGAUCGAAGUCGAACGAUUCAGUGUCGAGUGCACGAGCAAGAGCAGCGAUCUGGCAGACAAAAAUCACGAAUGGAGACCACAAAGGGAUCCGUUCUACGACACCGAGGCAGAGCAAAAGGACAUCAAAGUCGAAGAGGACGCGAAAAAGGCGAAGCAACGGCAAACAUACGUGAAGCGAGUAAUCGUUCAUCCUUCCUUCCACAAUAUCAGUUUCGCGGAAGCCGAGAAAUUGAUGCAAACGAUGAAACAAGGGGAGGCGAUCGUCAGGCCAAGCAGCAAGGGCGCGGAUCACUUGACAGUCACGUGGAAGGUGACCGAUGAGAUUUACCAGCACAUCGACGUGAGGGAAGAGGGAAAGGAAAACACGUUUUCUCUGGGACAAAGCCUGUGGAUCGGUAACGAGGAGUUCGAGGACUUGGACGAGAUUAUCGCGAGACACGUGAAUCCGAUGGCUGCGUACGCCUCGGAGUUGUUGGAUUUCAAAUACUAUAAGCCAACUGUAGAAGGUAUCAAAGAUAAGGCGGAGGAGAUACUGAAGGAACAGAAGAAAGAAAAUCCUGGCGGUAUACCGUACAUAAUAUCCGCUGCGAAGAGUUACCCUGGAAAAUUUCUCUUGUCUUACCUACCGCGAGCUCGGUGUCGCCACGAAUACGUGACAGUGUCGCCGGAAGGAUUCCGAUUCAGGGGACAAAUGUUCGGCAGGGUAAACGAUCUGUUUCGGUGGUUCAAGGAACAUUUCCGAGAUCCAGUGCCGGGUCAAUCCACUCCCAGCACACCACGCGGUGCAAUGACCUCUAGAACGCCCUAUCACACGACGCCAGGUGCAGUGACCGGAAUGAAUCAAGAAGCGAUACAAAGAGUGGCGCAGAAUCUUCCCCAUCAUAUGUUGCACUCUCUGUCGCAAGUGGCGAACCAAACACCCCAUCACUACCCGCCUCAUACACCAGGAACCGCGAGCGUAGCCGGUUACGGCGGAGUCCACACUUAUCCGAACACACCGUAUACGCCUUCCGGGCAAACACCGUUCAUGACACCAUACCAAACGCCACAUCACACUCCCCACCAUGGUCAACCAACCCCCAGAUAUGGGCAACAAACCCCCAAUCACCAACAAGGUCCCUUCAUUCAUCCCCCUCCCCCCUCGGUCGCCACGCCCGGUCAUCACAGAAGCACUCCAUCGCACAGACCUACGCCACCAAUGUCGACCCCCGGCGAUCCGAUGGACUGGAAAAAAGCGGCGGAAGCUUGGGCAAGAUUGAAAACUGGUCCCCGAAUGUCCGGCUCGACCCCAAGAUACGAGGAUUCGAGAAAAACUCCACGAAACUACGAGGAAUCGGUCGGAAGAACGACUCCGCGUAACAGAAGUUCCGCUCGGACUCCAUCUUAUAAGUCUCCACGGGGAACACCGCAUACGAAUUCUAGUCCUCGAAGUAUGUCUCUUAGCGGAGAUGGUACUCCUCUGUACGACGAAAGCUAACUAAGAUUAUAUCAUUUUACGUGAUAUAAAGAAGCGAACGAACAUGCAAAUAAAUAUAUAAAUGAAUCGAGUAAUCGCGUCGCAUUUGCAUCGAUAAUAUCCUUAGCAACGAGCAUCAAUCGUACUGUAUAAAAAAGAAAAAAAAAAAAGACAGAGAUGAAGAAAUGUUGAAGCCAUUUAUAAAGUCAUUG